GCCGGCCAUGAUGGCAGGGGUUCAAAUGAUAUUGAUUCCCUGAAGGCUGUGGGAAUUGGCAAGCCAAGCAUGGACUGGAGAAGAGCUUCAUGCCCCAGCAGCUACACCACCUGUUGAAAACAGCAGUUACAGGCAGUUAACCUCAAGAUGAGCCAGUCAACCUUCACAAACACUGAGCCCCAAACAAUCACUAAACAAAUUAUUUUCAUAAAAUAAACGACAUUAAAGGCACCAGCACGACACAGCUCGCUAGGACUGCACUGCAGGUCCCUGCAAAAGGAUAUGGCUUUAGAAUCUCUGAGUGUUGUAAACUUUGCUGGCCUUGUUCAACCAGGCUGCUCUCUGCUCAAGCUGGAGGGUGAUGUUUAUCUCUUCGGUCAAAAGGGCUGGCCAAAACGCUCAUGUCCGACAGGGAUCUUUGGUGUGCGUUUCAAAGAAGGAGAACUUAAGCUCCGUCCCAUAUCUUUCUCAAACACCUCCUCUUAUCUCCCUCCCCUUCGAUGCCCAGCAAUAGCUCAUUUGGAGCCUUCUAAUGACAUCCCUGAAUGUUACCUCAUUCACGGUGGGCGAACGCCCAACAACGAACUAUCCCCAACUCUCUACAUGCUGAGCGUGGACAGCAGGGGAUGCAACCGUAAGGUCACGUUGCAGUGCAAAGAGAAGGAGUUGGUUGGAGAUGUCCCCAGUGCUCGAUAUGGCCACACCAUCAGCGUAAUCCGCAGCAGAGGAAAGUCAGCAUGUGUGUUAUUUGGCGGUAGAUCCUACAUGCCGCCCGCAGAGAGAACCACACAGAACUGGAACAGCGUGGUGGACUGCCCACCUCAAGUCUUCCUUAUUGAAAUGGAGUUCGGUUGCGUGUCAGCGCACAACCUCCCCGAGCUUAUGGAUGGCCAGGCGUUUCACGUGGCCCUGGCAAGAGAGGACUGUGUCUACUUCCUGGGCGGCCACAUUCUCAAUUCUGAUUGUCGACCCCCUCGUCUUAUCCGCCUCCGUGUGGAGCUUCUCUUAGGAAGCCCUAUCCUGACCUGUAGCGUUCUCAAUGAUGGUCUGGCUAUUAGCAGCGCUGUAGUCACUCCUAUUGGCUAUCAUGAGUAUAUCAUCAUUGGUGGGUACCAAUCAGAGACCCAAAAGCGAAUGGAAUGCACAUACGUUGGACUCGAUGAUGUCGGAGUACACAUGGAGCCACGUGAACCACCACAGUGGACCCCCGAGAUAAGCCACAGCCGUACUUGGUUCGGCGGAAGCUUGGGCAAAGGAAAUGCCUUGAUCGCCGUUCCCUCAGAGGGAAACCCAUCUCCACCAGAUGCCUUCCAUUUCUACCAGGUGAAAUUCCGAGAUGGAGAAGAAACAACUCAGGGUUGCAGUCAGGACUCCAAUGAGUUGGAGGACUCGGCGCCGAUGGAGGACUCGGAGGAGCUCUACUUUGGCCGUGAACCUCAUGAGAUGGAGUACAGCAGCGAUGGAGAAGGUGACACCUACAACGAAGAAGACGAAGAGGAUGAGUCUCAGACAGGUUAUUGGAUCAAAUGCUGCCUCACCUGCCAGGUAGACCCCAACACCUGGGAUCCAUAUUACUCUACAGAGCUCACUCGACCUGCCAUGAUCUACUGCUCCAGAGGUGAAGGUGGACAUUGGGUUCAUGCCCAGUGCAUGGAGCUACCUGAGAGCAUGUUGCUUAGCCUCUCGCAAGACAACAGCAAGUACUUUUGCCUGGAUCACGGAGGCCUGCCCAAACAGGAGAUGACGCCACCACGGCAGACGGUGCCUUUGAAGAGAGUGCCAUUGAAGAUGAUCCACCGCAAGGCUCCGGUCACACUGAAAAUGACCCCGGCCAAGAAAACCUUCCUCAGGAGACUUUUCGAUUGAUAUGUUGUAUCAUUGCCUGUUUAAUCACAUGUUAAACAAAUGUGUUUGUUUAA